GACCGCCUGCUGCUGGUGCGCGCCCGGCCGUUCAGUUCCUAGCCGCGUCCUCAGCCGCUUCCCUCUUCUCACCCCGGCCCCCGCGUCUCCGCACCGACAUCUCUGGAGUCGGAGCUCAGCCGGAGCCGGAGCCGCUGAGCGGCGGAACCAUGGAGGCCUGAGCCGGCGGCGUGCACACCGGGGCCGCUGUGCGCCCGCGCUCCCGCUUCCCGGCUGCCCGCCCGCCGCGGCUCGAAGGGGAGUCCGCGCCGCUGACACAGGUUGUCUUGUGGACAUGCCCAUGUGAGGACGAGUUGCCUACCACACAGAAGAUGGGCUCGAAUAGCAGCAGGAUCAGUGACCUUCCUAAGAAUGAGUACUUGCAAAAGCUGUCAGGCACUGAGUCUGUCUCUGAAAACGACCCCUUCUGGAAUCAGCUCUUUUCGUUUUCUUUUCCUGCACCAACCAGCAGUUCUGAGUUGAAGCUGUUGGAAGAGGCAACCAUUUCAGUUUGCAAGUCUCUGGUUGAAAACAACCCUCGAACGGGAAAUCUUGGUGCCUUAACUAAGGUCUUCCUUUCCAGAACCAGAGAGCUCAGGCUUUCAGCGGAGUGCCAGAACCACAUCUUCAUUUGGCAGACGCAUAAUGCUUUGUUUAUUAUUUGCUGCUUGCUGAAAGUGUUCAUCUGUGAGAUGUCUGAGGAGGAGCUACAGCUUCAUUUUAUGUAUGAAGAGAAGUCUCCCGGCAGUUACAGUUCUAACUCUGAAGAUCUUCUGGAAGAAUUGCUCUGCAGCUUGGUGCAGUUAAUCACUGAUACUCCACUCUUAGACAUCACGUACGAGAUAUCAGUGGAGGCCAUCUCAGCAAUGGUUGUCUUCCUUUCCUGCCAGCUCUUCCACAAGGAGGUUUUGCGACAGAGCAUCAGUCACAAGUAUUUGAUGCAAGGCCCAUGUCUUCCCUACACCAGCAAACUGGUGAAAACCUUACUUUACAACUUCAUCAGACAAGAAAAGCCACCUCCGCCCGGAACCCAUGUUUUCCCUCCACAGUCGGAUGGGGGAGGACUACUGUACGGACUGGCAUCAGGAGUAGCAACUGGUCUCUGGAGUGUCUUUACGCUAGGCGGGGCGAGCAGCAAAGCAGCUGCCUCUCCAGAACUUACUUCCCCUCUGGCCAACCAGAGUCUCCUGCUUCUGCUGGUGCUGGUGAACCUGACAGACGCUCCAGACACACCAAACCCCUACAGACAAGCCGUCACGUCCUUUAAGAACACACAAGACAGCAGUCCUUUCCCAUCGUCAGUUCCACAUGCCUUCCAGAUUAACUUUAACAGUUUGUACACAGCCCUGUGUGAACAGCAGACGUCUGACCAAGCCACGCUCCUCUUGUACACUCUGCUCCAUCAGAAUAGCAAUGUCAGGACGUACAUGCUGGCUCGAACAGAUAUGGAAAAUCUUGUUUUACCAAUUCUCGAGAUUCUGUAUCAUGUUGAGGAAAGAAAUUCACACCACGUCUAUAUGGCCCUCAUCAUACUGUUGAUCCUUACGGAAGACGACGGCUUCAACAGGUCCAUUCACGAAGUGAUAUUAAAAAACAUUACUUGGUAUUCAGAACGAGUCUUAACUGAAAUUUCCCUGGGGAGUCUCCUAAUUUUGGUCGUAAUAAGAACCAUACAAUACAAUAUGACCAGGACUAGAGACAAGUACCUGCACACAAAUUGUCUGGCGGCCUUAGCAAACAUGUCAGCGCAGUUCCGCUCCCUCCAUCAGUAUGCCGCCCAGAGGAUCAUCAGUUUGUUUUCUUUGCUGUCUAAAAAACACAACAAAGUUCUGGAACAAGCCACCCAGUCCUUGAGAGGUUCCCUGAGUUCCAGUGAUGUUCCUCUCCCAGAUUAUGCACAGGACCUCAGUGUCAUUGAGGAAGUAAUCCGAAUGAUGUUGGAGAUCAUCAACUCCUGCCUGACAAAUUCUCUUCACCACAACCCAAACUUGGUAUAUGCCUUGCUCUACAAACGGGACCUCUUUGAGCAAUUCCGAACUCAUCCUUCAUUUCAAGACAUAAUGCAAAAUAUUGAUCUGGUGAUCUCCUUCUUUAGCUCAAGGCUGCUACAGGCUGGAGCUGAGCUGUCAGUGGAAAGAGUCUUGGAAAUCAUUAAACAAGGGGUUGUGGCGCUGCCCAAGGACAGACUAAAGAAAUUUCCAGAACUGAAAUUCAAGUAUGUGGAAGAAGAGCAGCCUGAGGAGUUUUUCAUCCCUUACGUCUGGUCUCUGGUCUACAGCUCGGCAGCAGGCCUGUACUGGAACCCACAGGACAUCCAGCUGUUUGCCAUGGACUCCGACUGAGGCGGGACACCCACCCCACCCCCAGCCAGCAGCUCUGCUAGUCACCUCAUGUCUAGGAGUAGAAGCGGACCGACUGCCUGUGUCUUCUACCACAGUCACUCAGCCUGCCUCCCUCUCAUGCUGUGAGGACUGGGAAACUGCCACCAGUUCGUAGGGCGCUCAGCUUUGGUUGUACUGCAAGGGGGGUGCACAAUAAUAAAAAACGGAAAACUUGCUGUUCAA